AUGGCUGCUCCGCUGUUUGACGAUGAUCUCUUCGACUUCAGCUUGGAGGCUGAGGGCGAGGACUCCGCUGAACGUGGAAGCGCCGAGAGCGCUGGCCCGGACGACAGCGCCUCCUUGGGCGCCGGCGCGGCCGACGACAUGCCCAGCCAGGGCAGUGGACGACGACGAAAACGUGGGUCACGUGGUGGUGCCCAGGCUUCCGCCGAACAUCGAUGGAGGUCAGGCGCUGUACCACCGGCUCCCGAGUUUAGUGGCGACGUGGAAAGAGACCCUUACUGCCUGAGGCAUUACCGCCGUAGGCUUCUUCGGUGGGUCAAGAUCACCAAGGAGUUCCUUCCGGCAAAUGAACAAGCCCUGCGUGCCUUGGAAAAGCUAACGGGCGAGGCAGAGCUGGAGUUCGAGGAGGUUCCCGAUGACAGAUUUGACCACCCAGACGGCAUUUCAAGGCUUUUGGGGGAUCUCGACAAGGCCUUCGGUGAGAGAGAGAUCUUCAGACAGGGGGGUGUCAUCAGGGAAUUCGAGUCCAUCGGCAGGAUGCAAGGGGAGUCAAUCACGGCGUUCAUCCGCCGUUUCAGGCUCUUGGAGCGCAAGCUGGCCGAGAACAAGAUUCCGGAGUACCCCGAGCAGGCCAGGGUGAUAAAACUUUUGGACGGGCUCCGUUUGGACGAGAAAGCUACCGCUUCCAUCCUUUUGGCGGCGGGCAACAAGUACCAGAUGCAGACUGUGCUCGAGGCCCUCCGCAUACAGUACCCUCCGGGUAUGAGCAUCACCGGCUUGCCAAAGGGGUUGACAACUUUGUCCUCCCGGUCCACGAGAUCGUCCUCCUCACGUGCCUCGACUUUUAAGUCUUCCGCGACCUCAGGGAAUCGGAAAAGCCAGGGACGUUUCCCUGGGUCGAAAUGGACUCAGUGGCACACUGAGUGGGAUGGUGGAGACGGCGAGCAAGCGCCCGAAGGCGAGGACGAGCACCACGAGGAGUACCAGGACGAAAACCCCGAGAAUGCCGAGCCCAAUCACGAGGACGUCAACGAGGAGGAUGAAGACGAAGAGCUGGUUCCGGAGUUUGCCGAGGACCAGUACGGCAAUGAGGAGGCUCCGGAGGAUGUUUCCGCGCUUCUUGCAGCUGCCGAGGCCUUGACGGUUACCUCGAAAAAGCUUGCUGGCUUGGUGCAGAGCAGAGGCUUUUACGUAGAGGGCAGAGGCAAGGGCUUUCCUUCAGGGAAGGCAGGUGGCAAGAAAGGCGGCAAGGGCAAGACCAAGUCGCAGCAGGGACGCGGCAAGAGCAAGGGCAAGGACUUCAAGGGCAAAGGCAAGGGCGUCUCCUCUGGGAAGUCCAAUGGGGAUCGACAGAUGAGACUCAAGGGCUCUUUGUGUUUGGGCUGCGGCGCUUCGGAUCACUGGAUUCGAGACUGCCCGCAUGUCACGCAGUUCCAGGCACAGAUGGCUUCCGCUGAAAUGGAGCUGGACCCAGAGGGCGCACCAGUCGCUGUCAGCUGGAUGGUGACGUCACAUGCCGAAGCCGUGGAGGAAAAGGUUGAAGUCUUCAAGGUGCCGCGCCCUCCAGCGAUCAUGCUGUCCACUUGCGAGGAUGCUUCCUUUCUGAUUGCCGAUACUGGGUGUCAACGUCAGGUUGCAGGCAGUGUUUGGCACCGUCAGAAGUGUAACGAGAUACAACCACUUGUGCCACUCCGCUUUGAAGAAGUUUGUCGUUACUCCUUUGGCCCCUCGAACGGCAUGCCGAGCAAAGCAAGGUACCUCUACCCCGCGGGCAUAGCUGGAGAGACAGUUUUUCUUGCCAUCAGCGAGGUCGAAGCUCCAGCGCCGGGACUGCUGUCGCGAAGAACAAUGGAGGCGCUCGGUGCAGUGCCGGAUCUUUUGGAGGGGGAAAUUUAUUUCAAGGCGCUGGGAAAGUCGACAUGUUUGUACUUGAGUCCAUGUGGGCAUCUUGCACUUAAGAUUGACGAGUGGCCGAGCAGUGCUUUUGAGUGGCCCGGCCAGUACUCCUCCAUGCAGUUCACCGGUCAAGAUCACCCGGCAUGGCUGGAGAACUGGAGGAUGAUCCUGGUGCACUUGCAGGAGUUCAUCUACACGACCCAGAUGGCGGUGCUGUACUACUCGGCGGCCACGCUCCGCCCGAAGUUGAAGGAUUCGGUGUUGAAGCUCUACAUGGAGCCCUGCUCGGCAGUGACGAUGAUGGGGACCCAGGCGGCAAUGGCGGCAACGAAUGCCUUGCAGCUCAAUCGGUACCCGAAGAGCCCGGCAAAGUGCGACCACACCCACGGAACGGGCACACGGACCUACGCGGCUGGAGGCAUGCGGAUCCGCAUCUGCGAUGCUUGCGGGAGCAGGUGGGUGUUGACUUUGACAGGCGAGGCUCUGGAGGCCGUUCCCAAGGCAAACCCCAACGCCAAGACAGGUCUGGGCCUGACGGACAGCCAGAAGCAAAGGCUCGCCCAGGCAAAAACAAAGGCCAAGCAGCCGAGCCCGGCCCAAAGCAGCGCUUCGGACGCAUCCUGGCAGCGCUUGUCGGCAUCCUCGCAGGUGCCAUCUCAGGCCAAAGCCCGUACAGGUUUGAGGCCGCCGCCUCCGCCGAGACAGAGCUGGGGUCCUCAGAGUCAGAGCCCGAGCCUUUUCCGUAUGAACGGACAGAGAAUGCCACCUCGUCAGUGGCACUCCGCGAGAUCAACGGCGGGAUCGGACACCGACAUGAGCGUCGACACCGCUGGAGGUCGUCCCCGACGAGUCCAAGGACCUCGAGACUUUCGCCCAGGCCAACCGCCGGAGGGCGAGGAGCUGACCCCGGAGGAGAUCGACGCCAUUCUGAUGAGCCAGAGAGACGAUCCGAGUCUCUGGCGCGAGAGAAUGGACCGCGACGACUGGGAGCCGGACGACAUGAACGAGAUGUCCCCCGAGCUGAGGCGCGAGUUCGAGGACAAAGGUUGCUUUUUGCUAAAGAACGGGGUCAAGAAGCGGCUGCUGGGCUCCGCCAAGGCUGUGCUCCAAGCCUGGGAGACCGAGGCAGUUGUGUAUGCGAACCGAGCCCAUCUUGCACGGAAGCUCCGCGACUACUCCGCCGACAUCCUUGAGCUCGACCCGGUGGUGCCCGAGAUCUCGGAGAUGGCUCUGAUUGCGGGCUUACGUGUGCUUGAGCCAGUAGGACUACUGGAUGCUGCAGCCCAAGGCAUGGAUGUGCGAGUACUGAGGAAGCUGAUCAAGCGGAGGAGACCGUUUGUCGUCGUUUGCCGAGUGCCGUCACUCCUUGAACCAGGUGACCACGGGGAUUACUCGGACAAGGUGUGCCAGUUGCUCCACGAGAUGCUGGACCAGGGCACUCACUUUUGGAUGCGUGCAAAUAAGUCCGAAGAGUUUCUGUCUGGACUAAGGGCCCGCCAGCUCCAGUCGGCCCCGGGUGUGCGUACAAAGGUGUGUCAACAUGUCCUCUACAUGACGGACCUGCCCGAGUUCUUCGAGGAGGCGGCCAAGCUCGGCGACGAGAUGAGUUCCGUGUCCGAGACCAAGGUGAUCAUAAGUGCCUUGCAAGAGGCCCUUCAACGACGAGGUGAUGAGAGAUGGAACCAAAACUGGUACGUCAACUCGGGUCUGCCAGGAGACGAUGAGAAGUGGAUAUGCGAGGCAUACCACGGGAGUUCCCUGGACAACUUCGAGCUGCUUUGGGAACCUCCUGGCGAACCUCGGGCGUCUGUGUUCUUCCUGGACAUCAAUCGCCACGAGGACUCCUGGAAGCCUCUGCUGGAGGAGGCCGAGCAGAGACUGAAGAACCUGACUACCAACGGAGUUACCCUGAAACCCUCUCCUUACCUCGAGAGAGUGAAGUCCUUGGUCCCCUGGAAACUUCAGAGAGUUCAGAUCUUCCGGGCGCCCAAACAACGAAGGCUGCCGAAUGAGGUGUCUCAAGAAGGCACUCAACACCGUGGCGCAGCCCUUCUGCACAACGAUGAUACGGUCGUGCUGGAGGCCGAGAAGAUCAGCUCCAUAAUACAGGCGCCAACCGGCAAGUUUGGCAAGCCCGUUAGGAUCGCCAUCUUCUUCUACGGCGACGCACCCGUCACGAGUUUGAAUGAGCAGGACAACGAGCUCCCCGAGCAACCCAAGCCUAAGCCUGAGGCUCCUGGUGGCGAUCCACAAGAUCAAAUGAGACCACAUCAACCUGGAUACCGUGACAUCUCCUUUCCAGGAGUGGAGCUGCCAGCCUGGCUAAAGCAAGCACCUCGCCGCAGCGAAGGCAUCGGAGCUUGCACUUUCAGGCGGUUCAACGACAGGCUCUCCAUGGACAUCAUCUACCUCAAGGACGUUCGCGGGGGCACUCACAUGUUUUUGAACCUGGUAGAUGACGCAACCUGCUACCAGGCAGCUUCAAGGUUGAUGUCACGCUCCGAGGAAAAUGUUGUGGCGAACCUCAUCAACGGUUGGUUUUGCUACUUCGGACCACCAGACGAACUGACCAUCGACGCCGAGGGAGCUUUUCGGGGCAUGAGAUUCGAAGCUUUACACGCUCAGUUGAACGUGGAUGUGAGAUGUAUACCGCCUGACUCCCAUUGGCAACUGGGAAAGGCUGAAAGGCACGGCCAGGCACUUCGCUACAACGCCACCCGUCUCAUCAAUCAGUUCGCAGCCCUGACCGUGGCAGAGGUCAACAUUUGUGUGGCCUCAGCAGUUCAGGCCAAGAAUCGGCUGAUGCGCCGAAGUGGCUCUAGCCCCAAUCAAUGGGUCUAUGGCCGGGACCCCAAACUGCCGGGAUCCCUGCUGAGCGACGGCGGUAGCAUUGAAAGUGCCCAGCUUAUCAGCGACUCAGAGAAACUCAUGCAGAUCGAGAGCCUGCGUACUCAGUCGAUGAUCAACCAUCAUGAGUACGAAGCGAGCCAAGCCUUACGAGCGGCCCUUUUGAGAAAAAGCAGACCUUACCGUGGCGAGUUCUACCCCGGUCAAAAGGUGGCUUACUAUCGUAAGCGGACCGCCACCGGCGACGGAGAAGGGACGCUGGAGGGAUAUAGGCAAGGCGUGGUGCUUUCUCUCGACCGCAACCCCAGCUCCAACAUCGCUGCUAAUCUCUGGAUUCGCAAUUCCCGCGGCCGCUUGGUGCAGGCCUCUCCUGAACAGUGCCGGCCCAUCUUUGGUGAGGAGGAAUGGUGGACUCCGGACCCUCAGGACCUGGAGGUUCUUAGAAAGUUUGACAAGGAUUUGCAGUUGCACCCCAGGGCUUUUCGACAUGAAGACCGUCCAGGUCCCGCAGCAGAUCGCCGCUUGGCCGAGGACUUGGCCGAGGAUGCAGCUGCAGAUGCCGCGCGAUCUACGGAGCCCCGUGCCGAGGAACCUCUGCAAGCUCAACCGGGCACUCCAGUGGUGCUUGAGGAUGAGUCCGAGCAAGCCCCAAAACCAGCUCCGCUGACCUUGGACCCGGCAGGUCGACCCGUGCUGGAGUCUCCCAUGUUCAGCCCGAUGAUGUUUAUACCACCGACGCCCAGGAAGCUGAGCGUCCACCCGAGCGUCUACCCGAACAG